GACCAUUCGUUCGUUUGUCCCCUUUUGUCGAAUUCGAAUACUAAAAAAAAACGUACGUCUCCAAUCAAUUCACACUCACUUUGAAAAAGUGUUUCUACUAUUUUUGCUCUGGUGCAGUUUAUUGCAUUUUAAUAUAAGAAUUUACUUAAAAUCGCAUCUGUGAUUUACUCAAACUUUCUUUAUUUUAAUAAAUUUAAAUCGUAGACAUAAUUAACCCUAUCAAAGUGCAGUUUGCAGACAAUCGGUGAUACUUCACACCUCUCUCUCUCUAUCUCAUUUCGUUUGGCAACAAAAAAAUUCAAUUGGAAAUGGUCAUGGAUGCACCUUCGCCACAGUCCGUUGGUCGGGAAUUCGUACGUCAGUACUACACUCUGUUGAACAAGGCUCCCGAUCAUCUACAUCGCUUUUACAACAAUUCAUCGAGCUUUGUGCAUGGCGGCCUGGAACCGCAAAAUCGCGAAGCCACACUGGUUGUUGGACAGAAAAACAUUCACAACAAGAUCCAGCAGUUGAAUUUUCGCGAUUGCCAUGCCAAGAUCAGCCAAGUGGAUUCACAAUCGACAUUGGGCAAUGGCGUUGUCGUUCAGGUAACUGGGGAACUGUCGAACGACGGCCAACCGAUGCGUCGAUUCACGCAAACAUUUGUGCUGGCUGCUCAGGCUCCGAAGAAGUAUUAUGUGCACAACGAUAUCUUCCGAUAUCAGGAUUUGUAUACGGAUGAAGAGAAUGAUGGCGAAAAUCGAUCCGAAAACGAUGAAGAUCAAGAUGGUGAGAAUGUCGUUGAGAAUAUCCAGCCCAUAUCUCAUCAACAGCCCAUUUACUAUCCAACCGGUCCAACAAUUCAAGGUUAUCCACAACAACAGCCACAAUUGCAGCAACAGCAACAGAUGAAUGGUGCUGUUCAUGAUGACCUUCAACCCGGCUUAGUCAAUCAAUCCAUUCAGACUCCCACGAUUCCGCAACAAUUGACCCUUCCAGCUGAUCCCAACAAUAUCUCGACCAUGCCUCCCGUUCAGAACAAAGUGGUUGAAACUGUUGAACCAGUACCGCAACAACCGACUCUGACUAUGGACACGGAAAUAUCAGCUUACAAUGAACAAAGCCUGCCAAUGGAAACGGAACCCACAAAAGACGCUAACCAACCGGAAAAAAUCAUCAGAGAAGACACAACCAAAACCAUACCAGCCGAACCACCAUCCUAUGCAAAUCUACUGAAAUCGGACACCAGCAGCGGAAUGAGCUUCGCAUCGGCAAUGUCAAAUUCAACGGCACUUAACUCCGGCAGUGUACGACCUGUGAAUACAUCCACAUAUUCAUCGCGCACACAGCAGGAUGCCCGAUCUGAAACCAGUCAAUCGCUGCCGGCCCAACAACGUCAAAUCAAUUCAAGACAACAGCCUCGAGAACGGAAAUCAAGCAAUGCAAAUCAGUAUGCGGACAACCAUCAACUGUUCUUGGGCAAUGUUCCACACCACGCUACCGAAGAGGCGCUGAAAGUAAUUUUUAGUAAAUUUGGAACGGUUGUUGAUUUGCGAAUUUGCUCAAAGCCUGGUGCUCGUGUUACCGGUGGUCGUUCGCCACCGAACUACGGUUUCAUAGUUUACGACGAUCCUGAAUCUGUGCAGCAAUGUUUGGCUCAUACGCCUCUCUAUUUCCCUGACGACUCUAAUGACGGCCAAAAACUAAACAUUGAAGAGAAGAAAACUCGUAACGUCAACGGCAGCAGCAGUGGUGGCGGCGGUGGCAACGUCGGAAUGAACCGUAAUAUGUCCGAAUCAAAGUACAGUGGCCCGCGAAUCGACCGAGGCAAUGAUCGAGGCAACGAUCGAGGUAACAACGACAAUCGCGGCAACGAUCGCAACAGCGGCGACCGAGGCAACAAUGACCGAGGCACCGAUCGUGGCCUGAACCGUGGACCGAGUUCGGCUGGCGGCAUUUUACGCGGUGCACCACGUGGCAACAGUGGCUCGAUGUCGAACAAUAAUGUACGCGGCACAUCAUUCAAUCGGAAUGCGGACAAUCGCAGCGGUGGCACUACUGGUGGUGUUAUCCGUGGCGGCAAUGGACAAGGUAACGGUCAACAAGCUGGCGGUAAUUAUACACGCCGUUAGACAGUACUGUAAUGAUGAGUUGAGAGAGAUUAACGGAGAGAGAAAACAUUAACGAGUUUAAACGAAAUGAAAUAGAGGGAGUGAGAGAAGAAUAAUAAUAACAACAAAAUAUAGAGAAAAAGAGAGAGAGAGAGAGAGAAACACACACAUACAUACAUUGAAAGGAAAAGAGAAAGAAAAUAAUUAAAAUUAAAACAGAAAAACCAACACAUUAAAUAAAUAUUAAAAUUUAAUAUCGGAUUGUCAUUCGCUGUCGUCGUUCUUUAUCGAGGAAUUGGAUUUGUUUUCUUUUUAGUGUUAUAACCAUUGCACUUCCAACAAACAAAAAAAUGUAACUUUGUAAAACAAACAAACAAAAAAGAAGAAGAAAAACAAUUAAAAGACUUUCGCGAGGCCAUCCCCUCUCAGUACAUGUCGUAAUUACAUAGAAUAAAUAAAAAAAAUUAAAAUUAAAAGAAAAAAAAUUAAUAAAAAAAUGAUAAAAAUUAAACAAUAAUUUAAAAAGCAAAAAAAAAACUAAAAAAAAGUCAAUGUGAAAUAUUUUAAUUUAUUUACUGUCAAAACUUCAACGUAACCUUAGCAAAACAGAGAGAGAAGAAGAAAAAUAAAACAGAAAGAGUUCUGAAUAGAGAGAGAGAGAGAGAGAAAUAAAAAGAAAAAUAUUUGUUAAGUAGUUCCAUUUUUGCAUAUUAUCAUAUCCACUUACCACCCUUUCAUCAAAAA